CCACGACUGUAGGUCCGCCCAGAAGUGUGUGUCAGUGCGUGUGUGUGGAUUCCAAUCUGGAGUUGGUGUUUCACUGGUGAAACGUGAGUGGUGAAUUGAAGUCGGAGGACACUCGUUUACCGUUGUCUGAGGAAUUGUUCAACCAGCAUCUCUACUCGAACCCAAGAGUCAUAUCUGGACUGUGUGAGUGAUUGACAGCCGACAGGAUGGACGAGCUUCAGGACGUGCAGCUGACCGAGAUCAAACCCCUCUUGAUGGACAAGAAUGGACGCAACUUCCAGGACUUUGAUUGCCAGGAGCAUGAUAUCGAGACCGCCCAUGGAGUCCUCCAUGUCACCAUGCGAGGCACCCCCAAAGGCAACCGUCCCGUCAUUCUGACCUACCACGACAUCGGACUCAACCACAAGUCGUGCUUCAACACUCUGUUCAACUUUGAGGACAUGCAGGAGAUCACUCAUCACUUUGCAGUGGUCCACGUGGAUGCCCCUGGACAACAGGAGGGGGCUCCCCCUUUCCCCACAGCGUAUCAGUACCCCACUGUGGACGAGCUAGCUGAGAUGAUCCCUUCAGUUAUGACCCACCUCAAGAUAAACAAUGUUAUUGGGAUUGGAGUGGGUGCUGGAGCAUACAUCCUGUCCAAACUGGCGCUGAAUGAACCCACUCUAGUGGAGGGCCUGGUUCUGAUCAAUGUGGACCCAUGUGCAAAAGGCUGGAUUGACUGGGCUGCAACUAAGCUGUCUGGGUGGACCAGUAACCUGGUGGACAUUGUCAUGGAGCAUCACUUCAGUGCGGACGAGUUGAGUGAUAACCUGGAGAUCAUCCAGACCUACCGUCUCCACAUCUCACAGGACAUCAACCAGGACAACCUGGCUCUCUUCUACAAUUCCUACAACGGUCGUCGGGAUCUGGAGAUCGAGAGGCCCAUCCCUGGUCUGAAUGAGGAUACUGUCCACACACUGAAGUGUCCAUCUCUGUUGGUUGUGGGAGACACGUCCCCAGCAGUGGACGCUGUGGUGGAGUGCAACUCAAGGUUAAACCCGACGAAAACGACCUUGCUCAAAAUGGCAGACUGUGGUGGACUGCCUCAGGUUGUCCAGCCUGGUAAACUCGCAGAGGCCUUCAAAUACUUUGUGCAAGGAAUGGGCUACAUGCCCACAGCGAGCAUGACUCGUCUGGUCCGCUCGCGCACCCACUCGUCCUCCAGCAUGGGCUCAGUGGACGGCCCGCGCAGCCGCACCCAUACCAACUCGACACUAGAGGGCGCCACCGCCGGCCCAGCCCUCGACGCCCAGAACCGGCCGCAGACCAUGGAGGUGUCCUGCUAGAGGGCCAGCGUGUCCUCUCUCCGCACCCUCACGACCCUCCACUUUUCUCUGCUCUAAGCCCGCAGUCCAGCCAGACAGGGCCUCAGUGCUUACCCCAACACUUUUAUUGUUGUUGUUUUUUUCUUGCUUUUAUCCCUUCUCUCUGUCUCUCUCUCUCUCUCUCUCUGUCUCUCUCUCUAUCUGUCUCUCUCCCUCUCUCUCUCUGUCUCUCCCUUUCUCUCUUUCUCUCUCUAUCUCUCUCUUCAUCUCCUCCGUUGUUCUUUCUCGCACUAUCUCUCUUUCGCUCAUUCCAUACCCAGUCAGAGAAUGUUGUCGUGGUUAAAGGGAUGGCGAGCGGAGCGACUGUAUUUGUAAUCCAGAUCUACUUGAACACUCAAGUCAGAGGCCCUGUGUUCCUCCGUGUUCUCCCUGAGUAGGAUUUGGGUUUCCUCCUUCAACAGCUCUCGUGCCCCUGCCCACUCCCGGUGGCAUCGGAGCUCGGUGACCAGAUCUCAACCUGUUUGUUGCUUUUGUAAAUAUUACUGGAGAUGUCUCUUUCUGGAAACGGGGGGCUGGUGGGGUUCUGCGUACAUUAGGACGAGGUAUUGAAGGAGGUCAUCUUUGUACAUGUCUUUCCUCUAGGUCUUCCUCUGUAUAGAUUAGACCACAUUUUCAUCCCAGAGUACACUAAUUUCUCCCCUCCUUUUGUUUCUGUCUUGAGAUACUCCUGAUCUGGUCUCCAUUAUUGGCACUCAUGGAGUGAAAAACCAAUGAUUUUUGUGGUCUUUGUUUUCUAUAUUAUUAUUAUUAUUCUCAUUAUUAUUAUUAUUAUUAUUAUUAUUAAUGUUAUUAUAUUAUGUUGUGAUUUGUGAUGAUACUUUUUGCUUAUUUAUGAUUGCAAACUAGUAUGACAACGCGUUCUGUAUUUGCAUACCACAAACUAUGGGCCGCAUGACCCCAUUAUACAGUAGAUUAAUCUCAAUGAAGGUGUACUUCGGGAUUGCAUUUGUCUAGAUGUAUCUAGAGGUAGACAGCAUCAUUGUUAUAGAAAGAAUGUCAGCAUCCCAAUUGACCUUAGAUUAAAGAAUGAAAAGGCAAGGACUUCUUCCUUGACCUUAUGAGGUUCUGAUAAAUGUGGUGUGAGCGCCAUGUUGGCCCAGUGGUCUUCUAUUGGCUUCUGUGGUCUCUACACAACAAUUUGAAAAUUCACAAUCAGCUGAAGAUCUGAUGCUGCUAUCUCUUAGCACAAUUACAGAAUAUUGUUGAAUUGUUGGACUGAAACAAAAGUAAAAAAAAAAUAAAAAAUCUGCAAUAUACAUCUUGAGGGAAAAAAAUGGAUACAUGUCUACUGUAAAAGAGCAGUUCAAUCAUAAUUUUAAUCUGACUUGUCCAAUCCUUUUGACAGACCUUGCCCCCUCUAUUCUUGUAAUCCAUGGGUUUAUUUCCAAGAUUUUAUUUUGUUGUCUUCUUACUGUUGUAAUUAAUAUGACUGUUUUUAUUUGUUGUUUUGGAUGGGUAUUGUUUAUUGUUCUCUGGAUUGUACCACACCCUUAGCUGAGCUUGUGGUGAUGAUGCGUUGUGCUUUGUCCUUCAAGCUUGAGGGAGGUGUUGUAUUUCAAACUGUAUGCUGAAUAUAUAUCGAUUUGUACUGAUAAUGAAAUAAAGUUAGAAAUUGUACAUAAA